AUGGUUAAAUUAUCAAAAUGGCUCAAAAGAAAUCUCAAGAAUAACGUUAAAGAAACAUUAGAAGCAACUAUCGAACAUCUGCUCAAGCUAAAACCUCCCGUGAAAAAAAAUAAAAGACAGGCCUUAAUGUCUUCAUUACAAGAUUUAACGAAAAAUGAUGAAGCUGUACGUAAAGAAUAUGAACCUCUAAAUGCGUGGUUUAAUGUUAAUAAUUCUGAGAAAGAGAGAAAUUUAAAAAUUGUUGAUAAAGAACACCAAGCUAGGUUCAAAAAAGCUCGUGACAAAGAUGCAUUUGAGUCAUUGUUGAUGAUAAAACGGAAUCUGAGUUCAGAACUCGUGGAACAAUAUGCUUUACCAAUGAAGAAAAAACACGAAAACAAUGAGAAUGAAUUCCAAGAGAGAAAGAGACAUAUGACCGAUGAAGAACUCAGAGAGUUAACUGAUUUCGCUCUGAACAUCGUAAAUAAACUUGAGUCAGAAAAUAAAGAACAUUUAAAUCAAAUUGUGCGACUUGCGGUAGAUAAAAAUGAGGCAUUUAUAAAUAUUUGGCGAACUUUAGUUACCUCAAAAGAUGAAGGUGCGAAAAUUCGAAAGUUCAUUUCUUUGAUGAAUAUUCGCUUUGGCAUG